AUGAUCGAAAAGGUGCGACUGCUCACCGCAAUUCUCGUCUUGUUGCUCGUCAAUUCCGCAUUUUCAGGGACAUGCGAGCAAAACGCGACAACGAUUUUAUGUGAACGACAAUCGUCAUCGAAUCCGCUUUUCACGAUUCGCGGAGACGUCAGUCGGGUUGAGACGAUUAUUGUGCACAACGCGGAAAUGGAUCUGACCGAUGAUUUGCUCAAAAUAGAUACAACUCUUCCAAAUGUGAGUCUGAUGAAUUUGACAGGCAAUUCGAUCGAGCGCAUCGGUCCACGCGGUUUCGACAAAGUCCAUAAUGUUCAGUAUCUUUAUUUGUCGCGCAAUCCGAUUUCGAUGACACAAGCGGACACAUUCAUGUCACUAACGAGAUUGGAGCGUCUUGAAAUGAACGAUGCCAUUGCGGGCUCCUCAGAAUUCAAACUACAUUUUUUGCUGAGCAUCUUGCACACGAAACAUAAGUUUGUGCAUCUCACCGAAAUCCAACUCAAUGACAAUGAAAUCGAGGAAUUGCAUCCGAUCACAUUUUGCGGGGUCCAAGGGCUGCUCAGACUCGAGUUGUCCAACAAUAAACUCGAGAGUCUCGAUUUUACCGCGAAGUGCUUCUCGAAUUUGAAGGCGCUUUUCGUGGCGGGAAACAAGAUUCACCACAUUCCUGCCGAUCUUUGGGACAGAAUGCCAUCAUUGACAAGUCUGGAUAUUUCGAAAAAUCCGCUUCAUUGCGACUGCUCGAUGGUUGAAAUGGUCAAGUCUGAUGAUAUCAGUUUCCUGAAUCAAGGUAAGACAUUCUGCGCUUCUCCUUUGGAAGUUAAAGGGAUGAAUGUGUUCGAUUUGCCGAAGGAGUACUGCAAAAAGGAUAGCGGAUAUCACACGUUCAGAAAUUGCAUUGUUCUCGUCAUUAUUGGAGCAGUUUGUUUGUUUCUUUACAAAAAAUAUCGGGAUCGUUUGCCGAAAUGGUCAGGAGUCGCCAGCUACCACAACAUUGAUCAUGAAAACGUCGUCGUCCAACCGGAAUUCGUAUAA